UCAGGCUUCGGCGGGGCCGUUUUCCCACAAUCCACCGCGCCCCAUUCAAGCUGGGUUGGUGUUUCGGAGUGCUGGGAGUCCUGACGAUGAACGCUCACCGGGAUGUCCCCGAUUUUGAAAUGCAAGAUUUCGUCUUAUAAUUUCAGCUGCUCACUUCUCGAAAGCUGGUAAAACUGGACGCGGCCGCAAAUUAAUUAUUUUGGCCCUGCAGAAUGUCCAAGAUAAGGCGGAAGGUAACAGUGGAGAAUUCGAAGACUAUAUCUGACAGCAGCGGCACCCCAACCCCCUCACGCCGACCCAGCGUGUUUGAAAGACUCGGCCCCAGCACAGGAAGUAAUGCUGCUGAGACACACUGUAGAAAUUGGCUGAAGACUGGGAAUUGCAGUUACGGCAACACUUGUCGCUACACACAUGGAACUCAGGCCAGGGGCAAAGGCUUCAGUGGAACAUAUCGAAGCAGGUCAUCGGAGAGGCCCACUGGCGAUCUCCGGGAGAGGAUGAAGAACAAGAGGCAGGAUGUGGAGCCUGAUGCCCAGAAGAGAGAUACAGAAGAGACAACGUCCCCUACAGCCAGACAGCGAGAUUCCUCCCGAGGCCGACAUCGGGAAAAGGAGGAUAUAAAGAUAACGAAAGAGCGAACACCUGCCAGCGAGGAAGAGCAAGCAGAGUGGGAAGCUAACCGCGAAGACUCUGAUAACGGUGACGGCGAUUACGACUACGAGCUGUCUCUGGAGAUGAAGAGGCAGAAGAUCCAGCGGGAGCUGAUGAAGCUGGAGCAGGAGAACAUGGACAAGAGGGAGGAGAUUGUUAUCAAGAAAGAGGAACCGGUUAACAAGAGCCGGACCAGCAGCCUGUCGAAGGUUUCCCCUGAGCCCAGCAGUUCCAAAGGCUCCCCUUGCUCCCGGAAGUCCAGUGGGUCUCCCAAACGCAAGGCCACUGCUAAAGCCACAGGCUCCGGGAAAAAGGAGAAGGCAUCUGUCAUCUCCUCCCCCGUGUCGGAUCAGAGCAGGCCCUCCAAGGCGGCUCACAACAAGAAGAAGGGUCCUCGCACUCCCAGCCCGCCCCCUCCCCCGGCCACGGCAGAGAGCCCCGUGGUGGGCAAGAAGCACAAGGGCAAGCACAAGAACAAGGAGAAGCUGGAGGAGAAGCCCAAAGAGAGCAAGGAGCGGGGCCGCGAUGCCGAGAAGCACAAGGACAAGAAGGAGAAGCGCCGAGAUCGCUCCGAGAGCUCCCACAAGCCCAAGCGGUCAGCCACUUCUGAAGAGAGAUCGGCCAGCGCCUCCCCCCCACCCCGGGAGGUGUCCCCCAAGCAGCAUUCGCCCCGGCCGUCUGCCCAGAAGCUCCCUGCCCUCGCGUCCUCUCCCCUGCACCGGUCACCAAGCCCUCCACGCCGCCGCCGGAGCCCCUCACCCGCCCGGCAUCCCUCCCCCUCCUCCCGCUCCGGCUCAUCAGCCACCCCGGCUUAUCUGCGGGAGUCUGGCUCCCCGGCCCCGGGGCGGCGCUCUCGCUCACCGGCCCAGCGUGGCCCCAUCAGCACCACCACCUCAUCACCUCCACCGCGCCGGCUCAGUCCCGGGCGCAACCGCUCUCGGGGCCGCUCCGAGAGGGAGAGGAGUCCGGCCGCUCAUGACCGGCGUCACGAGCGCAGAGAUGAGUCCCGGGGCAAGAGGGAGAAAGACGGCCAGGAGGAGCGUGGCUACGAAGCGGAGCAGAGCGUGGCGCGUGAGGAGCGCGAGGGCCGCGAGCGGCGGGAGGCCCGGGAGCGCAGGGAGACCCGCGCCGACGGACGCUCCGGAAGAGACUCGCUGGAGUACAGGGAUCGUGAGCGUGACCGGGACCGCGAGCGAGAGCGUGAGAGGGAACGCGAGAGGGAGCGUGACCGGGCCGACUCCAAGCGGAAGGAAGAGCCUGCCCUGGAGGAGCGAGGCUAUGGGCGUGGCCACGCCCGCGAGGACAGCGGCCGCACUGAGGCCAGGGUGGAGUCUCGGCCAGAGUCCCGCUCAGAGAGGCCCGGAAGGGGGCGGGGCCGCACCGCCGAGGCUGCGGACAAAGGGGUCCGCAGCUCCCGGAGCUCCCAGUUUGAAGGUGGCAAUGGGGGAGGUUCCUUCCAUGACAACUGGGAGUCGCGCAGCAGUGGGGGAGCCAGCAGCUACCCCGAGCGAAGCACGGACCGGGGUGGCACUGAGCGGGAGCGUGACCGCUAUGAAGGGGACCGCCGCGGGGAGCCGGCCAGGGACUCUUCAUACGACCGCCGGGGAGGCCACACAGAGCGUGAGCGCCGGGACAGAGUCUCUCCCCCCUCGAACAGGCACCGGGGCCGCAGCGAGGAGGCAGAGAGGGAGGAGCGACGGGACGAGCGGCGAGUGGACCGGGCUGAUGAACGGAGGGAGGAGCGGGAGAGACGGGAGCGGGAGCGUGAGCGGGAGAAGGAGCGUGAGAAGGAGAGGGAGAAGGAGCGGGAGAGGGAACGGGAGAAGGAGCGUGCCCGGGAGCGUGAAGAGCGCGAGCGAGAGCGUGAAGAGCGGGAGCGAGAGCGUGAGAAAGAGCGGGAACGGGAGCGGGAGGAGCGGGAGCGUGAUAGGAAGGAACGGGAGCGGGAACGGGAAGAGCGAGAGAGGGAGCGCGAGGAGCGUGAGCGUGAGAGGAAGGAGAGGGAGCGGGAACGCCAGCGCGACUGGGAAGAGCGAGAGAAGAGCCGUGAGGAGCGCCGUGAACGCCGGGAUGACCCACGGGAUGAGCGCUCUGUCAGGGAUACUCAUGAGGACCGGAAGAGCAGGAAAAGGCAACGUAUGCAGAGCACGUCCAGCCCCAAGCCUUCUCCAAAGAGAGCCAGGGAGGCCAGCCCCCCUGACAGCGAUGGCUACAACAGUGCAGAGGAGAAAGGCGGUGAGAAGCACAGGCUUCUGAGUCAGGUGGUGCGCCCGCAGGAACCGCCCCGCUCUCCCCCCAGGGCCCUCAUGGAGGAGAAGCCCAGCCGCUGGAGGGAUGAUGACCGCAAGGCCGAUAAGCGAGACUCUGGCGGCGUCAGGGGCCGGCACGAGGAGCCACAGGCCCGGGGAGGAGACCGGCGUGGAGGGAACGACCACUUGGACAGUAAAGAGCCACAGGAGCCGCCCCCUCCGGCUGCCUCCGCUGCCUCUGGCCUCGAGGAGAAGGAGGCAGCGACAGCAGUGGCCCACGAUGAGGGCAAGAAGAAGACCAAGUCUCAGAAGAAGGGGCUGAAGAGGAACCGCAAGGAGGAGGAUGGGGGCGCUCCCCCCGCUGAACGCUUCAGCUCCGAAGCCCCUGCCUCGCAGGAGACCCCUGCUCCACUGCUGUCUCCCCGCAAGGUGCCCAAGAAGAAGGCGCUGGAGAAGAAGCGCAAGCACUCCCGGGGGGGCGAGUCCGAUGUGUCUGACGAGGAGACACACCACCACCACCACUCCAAGAGGAAGCGGGGACCCCGGACGCCGCCCCCAGCGGCCAAGGAGGACGGCCCCUCCACCGGCGUCACCUCCCAGAAGCCCCCAGCCGCCGCAGACCAGCCCCCUGUCGCCAGGACAGAUGCCGCCUUCAGCGACUGGUCCGACGAGGACGUCCCGGAGCGCGGCGAGGUCCCAGCAAGUUCAUCUGUCCCCCCAGAGAAGAAGGCAGCACCUGAGGCAGCUCGCAGAAUGUCACGUGGCGUCCGUGAAAGACCAGAGCCCGCCAUCGCACCACUGCUCCCGCAGGAGCCACCCGCCAUUGCGCCCCUCAUGCAGCCCCAGCUGCCGCUGCAGCCCCUGAUCCCGCAGCACCUCCUACGCAAGCACCAGCGCAGCAGCAGCCUGGGCAGUAACCGCAGCCGCUCAUCCUCCCGGCGGGUGAGGUCGCCCUCCAGCGAGUCCGCCCACCGCGGCGGCGAAGAGCAGCCGGGCCCACACUCCAGGAGGGGGCGCCUCCAGGGUGCAGGGUCUCGUGACAGGGAGCGGGAGCAGGAGAGGGAGCGUGAAAGGGAGAGAGAGCGGGAGAGGGAGAGAGAGCGGGACAGAAGCAUGGCUGUAGAGGCUAGCUCAUCAGAGAGGAAAUCCCGUAUCGACCAGCUGAAGAGGGGCGAGCCCAGCCGCAGCACCUCCUCAGAUCGGCAGGAUUCCCGCAGCCACAGCUCCCGGCGCAGCUCUCCGGAGUCGGAGCGGCAGGCACGCUCCCGGGCGGGAUCUUACGACAGCCGCGAGCGGGAGAAGGAUCGUGAGCGCGAACGAGAGCAGUUUGACCGAGACCGCGAGAGGAAGGACCCGCGGCAGCAGCAGAGGGCCGACUGGGAGCGGGCCGAACCUGAAGCCCGCGACUGGGUCGGGAGGAACCGGGACCCUGCGGCAGUGUUGAUGCGUGGGGGGCGCGAGCCAAUCAGAGAGCGGGACCUCAGGGAGCUGCGUAAACGAGAAGCGGAGCUUGAAAGAGACAGGCACCUGGCCGAGGGGCUGCUGCUGCACGAUCGUGACCGCGACCAUGACCGCGACCGGCUGCUGCUGGGACUCCCGCUGCACGUGGAGGUGAAGCCAGACCGGGCCGAGUUUGAGUCCCUAGCCAGAGAGGGCGCCUCCGGCGAGGGAGAAAAAAGCACAGACGGGACACGCAGCCUGGAGGAGUCAUGUGAGGUGGAGAAGGCGGACAGUGCAGAUGACGAGGAUGAUGGGAAGGCGGGGGACACGCAGUCGGCGGCAUCUGGCGGGGAGGAGUACGAGCCCAUCAGCGAUGACGAGCUGGACGAGAUUCUGGCCGACAGCACAGCACAGAAGAGAGAGGAGCAACAGCAGGAAGAGGAUAAGAUCUCAGGGCCUCGGGAUGUAAUCGACGUGGACUGGUCCAGUCUGAUGCCCAAGCAGCCAUCGGAGCCCCGCACCCCAGGGGCGGCGCUGCUGCGCUUCACCCCAGGGGCCGUGCUGCUGCGGGCUGGCGUCUCCCGCCGCCUGGCUGGCCCCCAGCUCAUCGACAGGGUCCGCGAGGCCUGCCGGGGCGAGCUGGACGACCCCAAAGAUGCAGACAGAUUAUUUGAGCAUGAACUGGGGGCUCUGAACAUGGCCACCCUGAACCGCAAGGAGGAGAGAGCAGGCCUGCUGCGGAACCUCGGCCCCUGCUGCAAGGCCCUGUGCGCCCGCAGGGACAUCACCAUCCGCAGGCAGCUACUCAAGAACGACAAGGGCACAACUAGGCAGAUCUACAGCGCCACCCCAGUGGACAAUGAAAUACUGCGGCUCAGUGUGCGUCUGCUGAAGAGGAAAAUGGCAUCCUGUGGAAGCAGCGAUGCCCCGGGGCAGGAGAGGUCUGAGGGGGCGCUAGAAGUUCCCCCACCAGCGACCCCACCUUUGUCUGAAGUCUGUGCUUCCUGAUUGGCGCCACUGCUCCAGAUCAGCCAAUCCUGAACCUAAAAUACUCUGCCCAUAAAGGAAAAAAGCAGGAUUCAGUGUGGGACACGCUCCAUAGAGACUGCUGCCCUCUGCAGCCUGUGGAUCUCUGCUGUGAUCGAGUUGCUUACAGAUGGCAGAGCAAGAGGUAAACCUGAGCAGAUUGUGUGGUCUCAUCUGGUCUCAGAGCCGCAUGUUCUUUUUUAACAUUUAUUUUAUAAUGAACAUUCUCUACACACAGGUAUGUUGUGCAUCGGUUAUUAAAACUGGGCAUUAAUAUUUGCUUCCCCUUAACUGAGUGGAAUGUUUCUCUUGUAGGGUUAUUUUUUUAACAUGUAAAUGCAGUCUGGUUGUUUGGUACAUUGGUAAUAUUUAGUGAGACAUGACUUUGUUCAAAGGUUUAGAUAAUUUGUACAUUAAUGCUGCAUGCUAAAAGUCUUUAGAACAAGCUUUUCAAAUAAAAUUUCCAAGAGGGACCAAGAUAACACCCUUAGCCUCAGCUUUCUGCCAGACUGUAACACCUUGACUAUAAAAUGCUGUGCAGUCUUUGCCGGAAGAUAUAGGACAUUAAGAAACAGUUACCUGGUAUGUGGCCUGGGCUAAUUUUGUUUAAAAGAUCAGGAGUAUAAAGUGGACAGAUUUGGUCUGUAGUUUUUGCACUGUACAGAAUGAACUGUGUGGGUUAAUAAAUUUGUGUGAACAUCUGCAGAAAGCUUCAA